AUGGCUUCCGUGGUAAAGCAGGCAGCUCGCAUUCCGGCUGCAGACUUAGAGUCCUUCACCGAAUGCCUCCAGGGCAGCCGGCGAAUCCUAGCUCUUUUGGGGGCUGGCAUCUCCGCAGCUUCGGGCCUCCCCACCUUUCGAGGUGCUGGAGGACUCUGGCGCUCGUUCGAUGCCACGGAACUCGCAACCCCAGAAGCCUUUGAGGAUAAUCCGGGACUAGUUUGGCAAUUUUACAACUACCGCCGACACAUGGCCUUGCAGGCUCAACCCAACAAAGCUCACUACGCGCUGGCGGAGAUGUCGCGAAAGAACAAAGAUUUCAUAACUCUAUCUCAGAACGUCGACGGUCUAUCCCAGCGGGCAGGCCACCCCAUGGAACAGCUAAAAUUGCUUCAUGGCUCCCUUUUCAACAUCAAAUGCACUUCUUUCUACUGCGACUACACACGCACCAACGAUUUCACAGAUCCCAUCGUUCCUUCCCUGGGUAUCCCUCAAAAAGAAUUAUUUCCCGCUGCUUCUGGGGAAGACAGCUCCGAAGUUGCUUCAGCAGAACAACAGUUCAAACUCGCCAACGAAGUCGACAUAUCCGACCCAAGUAACCCGCUUCCUGAGCUAAGUGCAGACAAUCUGCCCAAAUGCCCCAAAUGCAACGGUCUGCUCCGUCCUGGGGUGGUCUGGUUCGGAGAACCCCUCCCCCGUAACACCCUGGACUAUAUCGACGAGUGGAUUAAAUCCGAGCCGGUCGACUUGAUGCUGGUUAUCGGUACUAGUUCGAGCGUCUAUCCAGCUGCCGGCUACACCGAUGUGGCCCGCGAAAAUGGCGCCAGAGUGGCUGUGAUCAAUAUGGAUCCAAAUGAUGUCGCUGGCAAACGUUCAAAGGGAGUAGGGAAGGGUGAUUGGUUCUUCCAGGGUGAUGCCAGUGUGAUUGUCCCGGAGAUCCUUAAGGGCGUUAUUGGAGAGAUUUGA